GCCGCCCUCCUACCGCCGGUCUCACUGCCUGACCUUGUGGGUUUCUCUCUCUUCCAGGCCCCACACUCGCUCCCCCAACCGCUGCAAUCUGGAAGAAAUUACUCUUUCCAAACAGCCAGACUUCCCCACUUGCAGGAAAUUCCAGGCUGGCAGGGGAGGGGCCGGGCUGGGGGGCCGCCCAGUCCAUCCAAUCCCCCACCCCCUCCGCGGUCCUUCCCCGCGCACAUCCAGUCCCGGCCACUUCCCGCCCCCACACUCAGCCUGGCGGGGCCUCUGCUUUCCCGCCGCGGCUUCUUAGUCCUUAAAUCCUAGAGGCCAACUUUUUUGGGGGGGUGGGGGGCAGGGGGGGAAUAAGGGAGGCCUGGGAGGGGCCUACUGCCUUAACCCUCUCGGCCCCAGACGGGCGAGCUGGACUGGGCGGGGACUCUGCGCCCCUCUGGGCUCCCAUCAUGGCCCCCGAGAGGGGCUGACGCUUCCGUUCCCGGUGCAGGUGAGAUCCCGCCCGGAGGAAGGCGGAGAGAGGCGCGGGCCUGGGACCAGGAGGCGGAGGCGGGCCCGAACCGAGAGGAGCGGGUCCCGGGCGGUGCAGGAGCCUGAGAGCGCGCCCGCCCGGUUCGGCGAGGACCGCGAGAUGCCGGUGCUGAAGCAGUUGGGCCCCGCGCAGCCCAAGAAGCGGCCGGAGCGCGGCGCCUUGUCCAUCUCCGCGCCGCUCGGCGACUUCCGGCACACGCUGCACGUGGGACGCGGCGGCGACGCCUUCGGGGACACCUCGUUCCUGAGCCGCCACGGCGGCGGGCCGCCCCCCGAGCCCCGGUCGCCGCCCGCGGGGGCCCCGCGCUCCGCCCCGCCGCCCGCAGUGCCGCAGGCCUCGCCGCCCGCCCUCCGCGCGCCUGCGCCCGCUGACCCGCUGCUGUCCUUCCACCUGGAUUUGGGCCCCUCCAUGCUGGACGCAGUGCUGGGUGUCAUGGACGCGGAGCGCCCGGGCGCCGCUGCCGCCAAGCCCGACGUGGACCCCGGUCCCGGGGCGCAGCACCCCCGGGCCCGCUGCCUCGCCAACGCGGACAUCGAGCCGGACGACGUCAUCGGCCUGUAGGGACCCCCAUUCCCUGCGCUCUUACCGCCCAGCGCCCCACUUCUUUCUACAUAAACCGACAAGGUCUGUG